CAGCCAUCGGCCACAAUGCUGACAUCGUUGAAGAGGGAGAGCAAGGCAACUUGAGACGUGUUCUCGGGCCAAGAAACUCAUCAACUCAAUUUUCCAAUGUAUCAAACUUAUGACAUCGAGGUCUUGGACCAUCCAGGUCUCAGCAUGAGUCUGGCUGAAAAGACGACUUUGCAAGAUUCCCUUUGCAAGUUGGGAGCCUUGUGCCUCAAUCCUCUACCUAAGUACCAGGUUUUCGACACAACGUCUUGCAAUGCUUUGGAUGACAAAAUCAUCGUCAUCGCACGUCAAAAUGGCGAGCCCGUGGCAUUUCUUUCCACAAUCUGGCUGCCCAUUACAGCGCUGGACACUCCGCUUCUUCACUCUGGGUUGACUGUCAUACAUCCAGCUCAUCAAAAAACGGGUGUCAAUCUCGAUUUGUUUGCAAACCUCUUCCUUCACCUCAUCAAAGAGCACCCUGGGGGCUUCUGGAUGUCGACAUUGGCCGAGGUCAUAAGCUCCCUUGUCCACGUAUCGAAGUACACUACUCGCGUAUUCCCCUCACCCGAGUGGUCAAACCAACAUCCCUUGGGGCUACCAUCAGAGGUCCAUGUCGCCAUAGCCAGGGAGAUCAGCGAAAAACAUCGCGAUAAGAUGCUCAUCUCUCCAAGCGCUAUAUUCGACGAGGAUGUCUUUGUAUUCAGGGGCUCCAACGACUCUGAUCAAGGGGAGGCAUUCCAAAAGGACGCUGAUAACGAAAGAUACUGGCAUCGCGAUCGGGAGGCAAGCUGCUUUUACAGAAAGCUGUUGAGACGUAAUAAAGGCGAUGAGAUACUUCAGAUAUCUUUCUUGGAUCCCACACAUCUGGCAAACCAUAUGAGAAGCCAACGAUUUACGGGAAAAUAUGGCACCAGAGCUUCAAAGGUAACCUUGCCACAGCUUCAAGUCUUGGUACUGUUGACCUUAACUGACAAUUUAUACAGAUUUGAGGGCCUGGAGAUGGUUCUCUCAGCGGUCGAUUGUGUUUCCUGA